AUGUGCCACACCCACCGCAUGUACGCCGGCGCGGGCGGCGCGGGGCCCAAGGGGGCGCGGCCAGAGCUGGUGGUUCAUGCGCGCCACAAGGGCUUCUGCAGGAUCGCCAUCGAGCAUGGGGCGUCCCUGGUGCCUGUUCUGGCGCUGGGGGAGGCCCUGCAGCUGCGCAACCUCAUACACAUGCCCACACUGCAGGCGUACACCACCCGCCGCUUCCGCUUCCCAUUCCCCUUCUGGCUCGGCGGCCGCUGGGGCGCCAGCCCGCUGCCCAGCAGGGUGCCCCUGGUUUACGUCAUCGGCCGCCCCAUCCCCGCGCCCCCGAUGAGGCCGUUGCCUGGCGGCGGCGGGCAGGCCUGCGCCGACCCCGCUGACGUGGACGGCCUCCACUCCGCCUACUUUGCUGAGCUGGCGGACCUCUUCCGCCGCUACCAGCACCUCCACCCCCACUUCAAGGGCGCCGACCUCGUGCUGUCCUACGACUGA